AGCAGCCGCAUCUCGCAGUGGAAGGGGAGGGGACUGCAGCUUCGGAGCUUCUCUGGUAACAGAGACAGUGGAAGGCACUGACUCACGCAGCACAUUCUGGACUCUCUUCCAUACCUGCAGCUCAAACCCCGACGGGAGAAUCGGGAUGAAGUAAACGUAAAACAACUUUCCUGUCUUUUUUUUCCUUCUUCCCUUUUAAGAUCGAUCAUUUCUUGGAUCCACCCAGAACUGCAUCCUUUCAACUCCAACUCUAAAUAAAGUCUGACUGUGUUUUCGUCAUUUAUAAACACCAGAUGGCGGUGAGCUGAAAAUGAUUUGAGACUCUUGGGACGGGACCAGGUGUUGUUUUUUUUUCUUUCGAUAUUAAGUCUUGAAAACUGUAAAGGAUUAUUUUGUGCUUGAUUGUCCUCAAUUUGGACAAAUUUAACUCCAUCAGCCAAGCUUCUGUUAUUUCUCUACCAAUCGCCACCGAGGAGAGAAGAGCGCAGUCUGUGUGCGAGCGGUCAAAGGAAAUCCAAACAAUCUGCUGAAGGAUGAUACUCCAAUAGACGGUCCUAACAGCUGCUGUCAAUAUGUUCAGGCGAGGUUAUGGCGGGGUGGAGUUGCUGCUGGUGCUCUGGGGCCUGGAUCUCUCCAUGCCCUGCCCCCGUCACUGCAUCUGCUACACUUCACCUAGCACUGUUUCCUGUCAGGCCCACAACUUCCACGCUGUGCCCGAAGGCAUCCCAGCUCAGAGCGAGCGCGUCUUCUUGCAGAACAACAAGAUCCAGCGGUUGCUCCGGGGCCACUUCUCACCCACCACCACCAUGCUGUGGCUCUACUCAAACAACAUCUCCUACAUACAGCCGUCCACAUUCCAUGGCUUCGAGCGGCUGGAAGAGCUCGACCUGGGAGACAAUCGCUACCUGAAGGCUGUUGCCUCAGACACUUUCAUGGGCCUGGGUCGGCUACAUGCCCUACAUCUGUACCACUGUGGUUUGAUCAGCCUGCCUCCAGAGAUCUUUUCUGGCCUACAUAAUCUCCAGUAUCUCUACCUACAGGACAACCAAUUAGAGUUCUUAGAAGAUGAUUUAUUCAUCGACCUCCUAAACCUAAGUCAUCUCUUCCUGCAUGGAAAUCGACUUUGGAGUCUUCGCCAGAACACGUUCCGAGGACUGGGGGUUUUGGACCGACUUCUCCUGCACCAAAACCGUAUCCAGUGGGUUGAUCGGCAGGCAUUCCACGACCUUCGUCGACUCACCACUCUCUACCUGUUUAAUAACUCUAUAACUGAGCUGUCAGGUGCCACCCUGAUGCAACUGCCAGCCCUAGAGUACUUGCGUCUUAACGACAACCCCUGGGAAUGCGACUGCAAGGCCCUAUCACUCUGGGACUGGCUUCGUAGGUUUAGGGGCUCUACCUCCACUCUGAUCUGUGUUUCACCACCAGAGCUGGCAGGAAAGGAUAUGAAGUCCAUAAAGAAGGAAGAGCUACCCAGCUGCUUGUCCAAUGAGGGCCAUGGAAGAGGUACCUCAGGAGAGGAGACGGAGCAUGGAGACUCUUUAAACCACCUAAACCGCCACAGAAACCAUCACAACCAUCAUCAGCGGCCUUACCUGCCGCAUGGGGAUCAGUACAGUUUGCCUUCGCCCCCACCUCUACCACGACCACCGAAGGGAAGCCGCAAAAACUGUACCCGCCGGGGACGGAAGGCAAAAGGGGGGCUAAAUGAGGUCCAGAUACUUCAGGAGGGGGGUGAGAAGGACUACUCACCAGAAGGAGGAAAAUAUGACAUGUCUGCUUCUUCAAGAAGGAGGAACAAGUGCAUUCCCAGAACUUCUGUCGGUCCGCCAAGCGGAGUUCAGAGAGCUAAUAAUAACACAGGGGCCCACUCGGCAGUGUGCAUUCCCUGUUUGUCAUCAGCUCUUCUUCUGUCAGUCUAUUUUGUGUUUAUGCGCUGAAACAGGACCCGCACGCUUAUGUGCUUAUGAUGCAACCUUAUGAGUAAUUCUCCUAUUAAAAAAAUCACCCUGUCAUGGCUAUUUAAGGAGACAUGUUGGAUGACGAAGUGCACACUUGACAUUCCAGUGAGAACAUCAUGGAGUGUUCCUGUGGGAAAAAUGCAGGAAUCAUUAUAAGUCCAACAAAGAAAGACGGGGAGAACAAUUCAACCUACUGUUUUGAUGAUGUCAGCAUUGAAAUAACAGGGAAACUACUGUCUCUUUGGCAUCAGUCUCUUCAUCAAAUUUAUGUACUCAUGAAAAUUGUACAGCCUCAUCAAAUUAUGAAUCAAUCAUUAAUUAGAAUAACAGUGAUAGUGCAAAGUAAAAAUCAAAACAGUUAACCCUCUUGAAUAUAUAGUGCAAUCACAUUACAGCCUCGAUGUGCCACUCACAAUAGGACAAAGACAGUAAUUUAAAGCUGUCUCUUUGCUAACUCAACAGCACCUAAGACCAAGAAACACACUACCGAAGACAUUGGUUGCAAGAAAAUGACACAUUGUGAAGAGUUUCAAGACUAAUAGCUGUAAUCACUAUCAAUCCGCCGGAAAAAUUGGCUCUGCUCCCACAUCUCACUCUAGUUUUAAUGCACAUCUGUACAAUUUUGCAUCUAAAUAAUACAGCUGAAAUUGUCACAAAACAAUAUAGCUGUCAAUUCAUCAAACAAGUUCAGUUGAAAGCUAUCAUUUGUCCUCAACUUUGCAUAGCAAGUUAAAAGCCGAUCCAAGCCAACACAUUUUUCGAAAAUUCAACAGGUCUCAUUUAUCAUCCUAGAGUGAGUGAAUAUUUCUGAGAAACUGUUGUAUGUAAAGUGGACACUUUACUGUAACUGUAAAGUGGCAAAAUAGGGAAAGAAAAUGCUCUAAAGCCAUUCGGGUAGAAUAAAGCUAGAUAACAAGAGUGCCUAAUGGGAGCAAGAUAUUAAUAACACCAACAUCUGGAGACAAGAGGUAAUGUCAUUCGCUCUACAACUUCCCUUGCCUGACCACCUUUCUGGGGCCAAGAGACGACUGAGGAUUAAACCCAGGUCAUAGCAAUCCUAAUUCACUGAAACUUCUCUCUUUGAUGAUGUGGAGAAAAUUUGAAAGCACUAUUCAGUCUAAACAGCCACAAGAAAGAGAUUGCGUAUCAAAGGUCUGAUCAGCCUCUAUUGAGUAAAAAGGAAGGUCAGAGUCUGAGAAAUACUGUAUGAAGGUGUUAAUGGACUUCUCCUUUCUUGUGUGUUAACAAGGACUUGUUGAUCUGCAAGCCUAUUUGAAGAGUUGGAUUUUUAUCUCUGCUUGGUCUGAAAAUCACCAUGACCUGUUAGGGGCUAUAGGCUCCUCUUCAAGAAAUAACCAAUGACAGAUAGGACAGUGGGACACAGCACAUUCUUUGAAGACAGAUUAAGCAUGGCCUUUUUCUUCCUCAAAAUGAUAAAAGAUCAAGCACCUUCACUGCUUACUGCAAACUUCCCACUCAAGUUUAUUCAGAGUGAGCCAAGAACAAGCGGCUCUUACUCGGUUUUUGCUUUAGACAAUUUUUUUUUUUUUUUUGCACAACUCAAGUCACAAUUGCUCCAAGGCAAGAGGUGGAGACCAAAUUUUAGACAAACUGUUUAGUUAUUCCCUGCAGUGCAACAGAGUACUGAGAUCUUUAUUUAAACUGGUCCUCAUAAGUAGAGAUGCACAGAGAAACUGAGUGGUGAGAGGUGGAAAGUUACAGCUUGGUUGAUCCUUCCUGG